CCCCACAGUAUAAGAUAUAAGAUUUUGUCUUGUUUUAACAAAGAGCUAAAAAAUUUUAGCUAUGAUUCUAUCACACUUUUCAAAAUACGCAGCAGUUUUUACCCUCUUUGUUCUGAAUGUUGGUGCUUUGGACACUUUUAUUGCUGCAGUAUAUGAGCAUGCUGUUAUAUUGCCAAACAAAACAGAAAUGCCUGUUUCCAAGGAAGAAGCUUUGCUCUACAUGAACAAGAACAUCGAUGUUUUGGAGAAAGCAGUUCAACUGGCGGCCAGGAAGGGUGCUCACAUAAUUGUGACCCCAGAAGAUGGAAUUUAUGGCUGGGACUUCACAAGGGAGACCAUUUACCCAUAUUUGGAGGAUAUCCCAGCCCCUGAAGUGAACUGGACUCCAUGUAGAGACCCCAAGAGGUUUGGCUAUACCCCAGUUCAAGAAAGACUCAGCUGUCUGGCCAAGCAGAACUCCAUCUAUGUUGUGGCAAAUAUUGGGGACAAGAAAGCAUGCAACGCCAGUGAUUCUCAGUGCCCCCCUGAUGGUCGUUACCAGUACAACACCAAUGUGGUAUUUGAUUCUCAGGGUAAGCUGGUGGCACGCUAUCAUAAGUACAAUCUUUUUGAGCCUGAAAUACAAUUCAAUUUCCCCAAGGAUUCAAAAGUUGUGACUUUCGACACUCCCUUUGGGAAGUUUGGCAUCUUCACUUGCUUCGACAUUUUUUCCCAUCACCCAGCUGUGGUAGUGGUGGAGGAGUUUCAAGUUGACAGUAUUGUUUUCCCCUUGGCAUGGUACAACACGCUACCACUCCUCUCUGCUGUACCCUUUCAGUCAUCAUGGGCCAGAGCUAUGAGAGUCAACCUACUUGCUGCAAACACCCACAAUACCAGAAUGCACAUGACAGGAAGUGGAAUCUACGCACCAGAAGCGGUCAAAGUCUAUCACUAUGAUAUGGAAACAAACAGUGGCCAGCUGAUGCUCUCUGAACUGAAGUCCAGGCCUCGGAGUGAUCCCGCUUACCCCACACCAGUUGACUGGAGCGCUUAUGCCAGAGGUGUCAGGCCUUUCUCCUCCGCACAGUCGGAUUUUCCAGGAACAAUUUAUUUUGAUGAGUUCACCUUCACGGAGCUUAAGCAAAACACAGGAAAUUACACAGUUUGCCAAAAAAACUUAUGCUGUCACCUAACCUACCAGAUGUCUGAGAAGCGAGCAGAUGAAGUGUAUGCUCUAGGUGCUUUUGAUGGGCUGCACACAGUAGAAGGACAGUAUUACUUACAGAUAUGUACACUGCUGAAAUGUCAAACCACAGACCUGAGGACGUGUGGGGAGCCUGUGGGGUCAGCUUUUACCAAGUUUGAAGAAUUCUCCCUCAGUGGCACAUUUGGAACCCGUUAUGUUUUCCCACAGAUCGUUCUCAGUGGGAGUCAGCUUGCCCCGGAAGGAUACUACGAGAUUUUAAGAGAUGGACGUCUGAAGAGCCGAAGUGGAAGCCCUUUGCCUAUCUUGGUUAUGGCCUUGUAUGGAAGAGUGUUUGAGAAGGAUCCUCCACGCUUAGGGCAGGGACCUAAGAAAUUGCAAUGAUCUCCUUCAGUUCUAGUUUUCAGUGUUGGUCCAGUAAAAGGAGGAACAAAAUAGGGGCCGGAGCUAUAGUACAGCGGGUAGGGCAUUUGCCUUGCAUGCGGCCGACCCAGGUAAUAUCCCCAGCAUCCCAUAUGGUCCUCCGAGCAUCACCAGGAGUAAUUCCUGAGUGCAGAGCCAGGAGUAAACCCUGAGCACCACCGGUGUGACCCAAAAGUAAAAAAAAAAAAAAAAAGGAGGAAAAAAAUUAAGAAUUUAGCUCUAGUAUGGAAAAGAUGUUAUAAUUUUGCUGAAACAAACUUAGAUUAAAAAAUAAUGAAUGUAUGUGAAUUAUUGAUCCUUUACAUAUUCUAUUAUGUGUUUUAUUAUAGUACAUAGUUGAUUUUAUAUAGAAACUUUUCUUUUGUAUAGGUGCCUCUUUCAUGUAGGUGUUAGUAUGUGGAUGUAUAGAGCAACAGCUAUAAAUGUAAGGAUUGCUAGAAAAAUAUUUUUCUAUCCUUUUUGUGGUGAUUGAUGUUUGUAAAACUUCUUCCCAUCAUUUGUAAAUGUGCAGGGUAAACAAGUAUUAUUUAAAAGUUCAUCAUACUCAAUUAAUGUACAAAUAAUUAAAAUGUAAGGGCAUUUAGAAAUAACUAUGAAUAAUGUUUUUGUUAAUUAUAAUUCAUUUUUAUUUCUAUCACCUCUUAUGUUCAUUUAUAUGAAAUCAUAUUUUUUAAUAGUGCACCAAGAUUUAUUUAAAGGCUUUGUUGAUCAGGUUACAAAGUUGUCUUAAUCUAAGCCUAGCCUAAAAUUGCCCUUCUACUCAGGCAUAACAUUUCGAAAGUUUUUGCCCCAUAAA